AUGUCUAGAAUAUACACAGAUCUUAUAGAAGAAGUAUUGACUAAACUUGAGUUAGAAGGAGAACCGGAAGGUAUAGGAAGAAAUCUUAUUUUUGAUAUUCAAAAUGGAUGGAGGAGGAAUAUACGAGACUGGUAUGAAAAUGCCAGUAACGAAGAUAAACAUACGUUUGAAGAUAAGCGUAUGGCCUACAAUAGCACUACAGAUGGAUACAUAUCUUCCGACGAGGAAUAUGAAAUGAUGGAGGAUACAUCUAAUUUCCUAAUGUGUAUGUAUGUUAAAGUUUCUAGAACUAAAUGUAAAUACAAAUGUAAUUUUAAACAAGGGUUUGUAAAUUUAGGGAAUGUAGACUUUGCUUUUGCUAAUGCACAAGGAGAAUUGGAAUGGUAA